AAUACUGCCGUCCUCUCCACGCCAUUCCGAUUUCUGAAUACUGCUUUUACCAUUUCUCCGAAAACCGUAGAAAAAAGAGUUGAUCUCUGCAGCGAAUAAGAACUAGGGUUUGGAAAAAACCCUAAUUUCUCUGCAAUCCAAACCCUAAUUUUCCUUUCCUCUCUGUAGAAAUUCAACUCCUUCCCUGUUCCGGCCCGAUCAUUCAAUACUCCAACGCCUCGAUUCCUCUUUCCGGACGAUUCUCUCUCUCUAUAAUUCGAUACCAGGUACCAGAGCUUUGGAAUUCGAGCUCCCGGCCUCGUACUUUCAUGCUGCGCUCCGGAAUUAGGGUUUUGAAAGGUCAGGAGCUGCUGAAAAUGAUAUCCUUGAGGCUGUUCUCGGCGUUUCGGACAAGCGGAUCGUAAUUUGGACGGAUUCACGGGAUCCGGUGGCUCGAGAGGCUUUUGCUUGUGGUUUCAGAUUUUUGUGGACCGAUCCACGGAGAACCAUAGAUUUCUAUAUUCAGAACCUUCACUCAUUUUAUUCAACAUGUACCAUGCCAAGAAGUUUUCAACUGUAGGCUUAGUGCCCCAUAAGGCCCAGAGUCCUGAGCAGCUGGCAAACAUUGGAGUUCUGGGUGGAUCUGCAGCAAACAACUCAGCUGUUUCUGGGGGAAGUGGCAAGCAGCGGUUACGUUGGACGUCAGAUCUUCAUGAUCGCUUUGUUGAUGCCAUUACGCAACUUGGAGGACCAGAUCGAGCAACUCCAAAAGGUGUUCUAAGGGUAAUGGGCGUACCUGGACUCACUAUUUAUCAUGUGAAAAGCCAUCUACAGAAAUAUCGCCUUGCAAAGUACCUUCCUGAAUCUUCUGCUGAUGGCUCCAAAGAUGAAAAGAAAGAUUCCAGCGAUUCCCUCUCUAGCAUGGAUUCUGCACCAGGAAUACAGAUCAGUGACACUCUGAGGAUGCAGAUGGAGGUGCAGAAGCGACUCCAUGAACAGCUCGAGGUGCAGAGACAGUUGCAGCUGAGAAUUGAAGCACAGGGGAAGUACCUGCAGAAGAUCAUCGAGGAACAACAGAAGCUUGGUGGGGUUCUCAAGGCAUCUGAACCUUCAGCGGCUGAUGAGAAACAGAAGCUCCUUGUGCCGCUCCCUCAGGAUGGCCUGGUAGAGCCUGUGUCUCCACUCAAGAAGCAGAGAGUGGAUGGAGAGGCACUGGACACUACCCUGUCACCGGGGCGGCCACUACCAGCGGCAGAUGAGAAGCCUGAUUUGAUUGGCCAGUGGGAACAUGAAUUGUAUGGGAGUAGCAGUGUUGUUGGAUUUGACUUAGACACGGGAAUGGUUUUCAAGGAGAAAGAAGAUGGCGGGAGGGAGAAGACAACACGGCCAGAAGUGGGUUCCACUUAAGUUCUGAGACUGGUGGCAAUAUUCAAGGGACCUGCUGUGAUCAUGCAGGGUCUAGGUGGCUGUCUUGGGCACAAUGUAUCAUUCAUGCUGUCAUCCAUUUGUAAGUAUAUUUAGAUUACAGGUUAUUAACUAGCACUUUAAGUGCUCUCCUAGAUGCUUGUGACUCGUGUAGGGAGUCUAGGUGAUAAAAUGGUGUGGGGCCUGCAUUGUGUCACAUCCACCCCGUCCAUUUGUGUCGGCUCAUGUUAGGACAUUACUGGAAAGGCAAGGCCAAUCAAAACCCAACUAGGCCAUGCCACAGGGAAAAGUCAGCAUGGGGACGAUUACCAUUGUAACCCUCUAGGGGUCCACCACUGUUUUUUUAUCAGGCUGAUGUGUGGUUUUUCCCCUCAUGAUGGACAGGGGCCUAGUAGGAUGUCACACCCAGUCCUGUCCAUUUGUGCCAGCUCAUGGUACAUGCGAGCUCAAAAGAUAAGGCUGAUUCAAAACUCAAGUUUGUCACGCCACAGGGAAAAGUGGUCAUGGGGCCUACCACUGAACCCUUGCUGGGGCCACCCAAGUUCUUGAUCAGGCUGAUAUCUUGUUUUUUCCUUCUGUCGCCUUAUGGACGUUGGAUGUAAUGUAAACAUCACGGUAGGCCCCAGAAGGUUUCAGUUGGGGGUAUCCCCAUACCUACUGUUCCCUGUGGUGUGGUCUACUUGAAUUUUGGAUCGCUCAUAUUUUUGGAUUCAUGAGCUGGCAGAAACGAUGGACGGAGUGAAUGUUUCACACACAUCACGGUGGGCCCACAGUUUUUUUGUUGCACGGGCUCCAAAUUUGUGUCCUCUCUUGUAUUAAUAGCACCAGGAAUUUGGCACAUGGUAGUUAAUUCUCUGCAGGUGGGUUCCACUC